AUGUCUGUUGGUGCCAGAGGAUCUUACAGGUGUGUUGGAGCCAGAAGCUGCUGGGUUUGUUUUGCUACUGAUGAGGAUGAUCGGACGGCAGAAUGGGUGAGACCUUGCAGGUGCAGGGGCUCUACGAAAUGGGUUCAUCAGACUUGUCUACAGCGCUGGGUGGAUGAAAAGCAGAGAGGAAACAGUACUGCUAGAGUUGCUUGUCCUCAGUGCAAUGCAGAAUAUUUAAUAGUAUUUCCAAAGCUAGGUCCGGUUGUUUACGUUUUGGAUCUUGCAGAUCGACUGAUCUCUAAGGCAUGUCCAUUUGCUGCAGCUGGAAUAAUGGUGGGCUCUAUAUACUGGACAGCUGUUACGUAUGGAGCUGUGACAGUGAUGCAGGUUGUGGGUCACAAAGAAGGUCUUGACGUCAUGGAGAGAGCUGAUCCUUUAUUUCUUUUGAUUGGACUUCCCACUAUCCCAGUCAUGCUAAUAUUGGGCAAGAUGAUUCGUUGGGAGGACUAUGUGCUCAGGCUGUGGCGCAAAUACUCUAAUAAGCUACAAAUUUUGAACAGCAUAUUUCCAGGCAUUGGAUGUCCUGUUCCUCGUAUUCCAGCAGAGGCCAACCCUUUGGCAGAUCAUGUCUCUGCCACACGUAUUCUGUGUGGAGCUCUAGUUUUCCCUACUAUUGCCACAAUAGUUGGCAAGCUGAUGUUCAGCAGUGUUAACUCAAAUUUACAAAGGACAAUCUUGGGUGGAAUUGCUUUUGUUGCUAUAAAAGGAGCUUUUAAGGUUUACUUCAAACAGCAGCAGUAUUUGCGUCAAGCUCACCGCAAAAUUUUAAAUUAUCCUGAGCAAGAAGGAGCGUAAAGCUGUCAUCUCCAGAUGUCAUACAGUCUCACCUAACAGGUUUCCAUGGUGUAUUGGUUCCAUCAUUAUUGCACAGUAGUGGAGAAUUGUGAUAAGUUGCUACUCCUAUUUUUUUUUUUCUUUAAAUAUAAUAAAACACUGUCUUGUGGCAGGGUAAAUCCUUUCAGCAACCACUGAACCUAAGAAUGUGACUUGGCUUUCAUUAUUUUUGGGUAUUCCUGUUGGGCAGCAGGCUUCUGAAUUAUUUUCUUUGAGCCAAUAUGCUGAAUGG